AUGUCAGAUAGAGGCAUGAGAGGGCUGCAUCAAACGCCGCAGAAGCGUUGCAGCUUUCCGGUGUCCGAGUCCGACACGUCUGGUCUGAAGCGCUCGCGCUCUGCGGAUGGCGGCUCCAUCCGCUCCUUUCUCGCCAACACUAUACAAAUCGGCGUGUUUCUGAAAAACCUGGCGCUCUUCUUCUACACCACCAACACCGCCCUUCACCUUAUCGAAAACCACUACCUCGUCACCGCGUGCGCCGCUGUGGGUAUCACGCUUCCCGGUCGAAAGAAGCUUGCCACGACGACUGAUGCUUCCGCCUUCCCGGGAGGAAGGGGUGGCUUUGAUGGCCCCGCACCUCUAUCUGACAUUUUCGUGUAA